CUAACUUGUACAUUAAUUAACAUGUUAUGAUAAAAUAAAAAAAAGGAAGAAAUAUAUGAUCUAAUAAUAACAUAAUCUGAUCUGUAUCGGUGGUGACCUCAACUCAAAUUAACCAACCAGUAAUGGCCUCCUCAGCCUCAUCCUCCACUUUCUCUUCAUUCACCCUUGUUGAUGGAAAGCCUCCCUGUAGACACUCUGCUGCUUCCCCACAAUGUGUGAGCCUUCCACCUCUGCAGUCUCAUACUCGUCCAUGGAAGACCACCGCUUUCUGUCGGAAGAUUGCUCGCAAUGUUAUCUCCAUGGCUUCAAGUACCACAACAGAAACAGAGGCAGAUGCAGCCACAACAGAAGUUGCCUCAACUGAUCCCAGUACUGUCACUGAUUCUCCAGAACUUGUCAAGACUAUACAACAAACUUGGGAUAAAGUUGAGGACAAGUAUGCAGUGAGUGCUCUAGCGGUAGCUGGUACAGUUGCAUUAUGGGGAUCAGCUGGGGUGAUCUCAGCAAUUGAUAGGCUUCCUUUAAUUCCUGGGGUUCUUGAACUCGUAGGCAUUGGCUACACUGGGUGGUUUGCAUACAAGAACCUAGUUUUCAAGCCAGAGCGAGAGGCUUUGAUACGAAAAAUAAAAGGCACUGUUAAAGACAUCACUGGGAUCGACACCUAAAAUACACUGGGAGGGAGGAGAGAGAUAGCUGCUGCUGCAUUUUCUGACCAUACUUUGUCCCAUGUAAUCUAGCCAGAAAAUAAAAUGUAACUUCUUUUUUAUGCAUAUAUUUCAAUAAAAACCAAUUAUUCCCAUUUGCGGUAAACAAUUGAGAUAAUGGAACAAUAUUUUAUCUUGGAGUA